AUGGCCGUGCUUGCUUUCAGUGCCACACGCUGCAUCGAACACGACGUCUUUCCAGAUAAUCAGAAACUGUCCGCCGCUGCCGUCAAUGCCGCUGCGGCGAGCCGCGACUACAAGGUCUACCCCCGUAUCGACUACCGAACGAUCACGGGCGUGGAAGGACCCUUGGUGAUUAUGGAGAACGUGAAGUUCCCCACGUACGGUGAGAUUGUGAACGUCAACUUGUCGGACGGCACCGUGCGCCAGGGGCAGAUUUUGGAGGUGAACAAGAAGAAGGCAGUCGUGCAGGUGUUCGAGGGAACCAGCAAUAUCGACAACAGGGAUUGCCACAUCGAGUUCACUGGCGACACCCUGAAGAUGCCCAUCUCAGAUGACCUCAUGGGCCGUGCCUUCAAUGGCUCCGGAAAGCCCAUUGACAAGGGGCCCUCAGUGUUGGCAGAGGACUUCCUGGACAUCAAUGGAGCACCGCUGAACCCCAAGUCGCGGGUGUACCCGAAGGAGAUGAUCCAGACAGGAAUCAGUGCCAUCGACACCAUGAACUCUGUGGUGCGAGGGCAGAAGCUGCCCCUCUUCUCGGCUGCCGGUCUGCCUCACAACGAGAUUGCUGCGCAGGUGUGCCGACAGGCAUCGUUGGUCAAGGGAAAGGAUGUGAUGGACCACACCCAGGAGAACUUUAGCAUCGUGUUCGGCGCGAUGGGUGUGAACAUGGAGACAGCGCGAUUCUUCAGGAACGACUUCGAAGAGAGCGGGGCUCAGAGGUUCCUAUGA